UCGACAUUCGACGCCGGUCGCUCUCCUCAUUGUCGCUCUUUCCGCUGGCCUACAUGGCACUUGGCUGAACGUGUAAUUGCCAGCGCAGUGCAGCGCCCGUCAUGGCUCCUCUGCAGCCGCAAUCGCAGAUGGAUUUCGAUCUAGCGAAAUGCUUCGCGGGCGAGCAACAGCUCGUAUCCUGGAGCUCCGCAUAUACUGCCCUCUGCGACCCCGAAACCGCAUCGAAAAGCACCGUCCUACGUGACUUCCUUCGUAGCGAAGCCAGCAUCGAAACGCUUACCCACCCAUGGCAACCGUGGACAGGUCCGUCAGCUCAUGAAAAGAACAAGUUUGAGGCAAAGACUGCUCCAAUCAGUAUCACACCAACAUCUGGCGGUCACUACGAUUUAGAAGAGAUCAAGGCCGAUACCCUGUGGUUGUCGCAACAGGCCAAGAUUUCUGAAUAUGAAGCGCUGCGGCUGGUUACACUGGAAUGGCAGAGUAGACCUACCAACCAGUUGUUGUCUGGACUGUCUCAAGAGGAGGCUGUCAGUGUUCGAGAUGCUGCCGGACUUGCGAACCUCGGCGCCUCGACCUUCAUCCCUAACUCCUCCAUAAUCACCGCCCCCUCAGCUCCUUCCGAUGUCCAGUUCGAUUCCAAACCACAACGACAACUCCGAUUAAUCGAGAUCUAUCACUCUUCGCGCAUAGCAAUAUUGAGGAUCAGCCAACUGCUCAUCUCAUGGGGCGCCGCCAACGAUUUGAGACCUGCCUACGGGGAAACAUACAGGGUUGGUGACGAUUCGCUGGAACAACUAGGCCAGACCAUCGUAUCAAAACAGAUCCAAAAAGACUCGGGCUUCCUAAAGUCAUGUAUACUGGGAAUUGAAGGAGUGUUCGAAAAUUUCGACAAGGGCCAGUCAAUCUGGACAGUGUCUGAAGAAACGCAAGAUGUUGCGGACGAGAAAUGGAGGACGGCACAAAUUACUGAACUGGUUCACCUGCUUCAUCUUGCAACGAUUCAUGCGGAUCUUUUCACUCCCAAGUUCGUCCACAGCGAUGUCGUUGAGCGUUGGUUCUCCUUGAUGCAGGCAAAUGGAUUUUUCCAAAAUAUCCCAGUAAUAUCUCCGAAGCAGCAGGAUCUUGUGUCGUUGAUACAAAUGCUGACAUCGAUUUUCUCCUUGGCGGUGCUGAAACUCGGCUCUAUCAUCGAUGAUUUAGAAUCGGAACAAUACCUUGCUUGGGACAGCAGCCUGUAUCUCCUCCAGGGGAAUCUUUUGGAGAAUAUAACAAGUAUCCUUGGUCAGGCGAAAGAGCUUGGACCGAGCCCUGCGACGGUCCCUACGUAUGCUUGGGCUCUGCUCCUCAAUCACAUAUUCCAGGAGGCUCAGAUUCUCGAACAAGCCCGUCAACACGACAUCGACAAUGGCCCAGGCCACAAGGACUCCGUACCGAAGCUUUCAUUAAUAGAAGAAGCAGCGUCUGCCGUGGCCAACCUGGAAACUAGCGAUCUAUUCAACAGACGCCGGCCUUUUGAGGAUCUGUUGAUAUCCUGUGCUGAACUGAACACCAUAGAGAUUGCCAACCAACUUAUUUGCCUAGGCAUAUCAGUAUUUGGCACCAAAGUCGACCAAAUCUCCUUGGACAGGUUCAGGUUGCUUUUUCUGCAAUUGAUUCGUGCUGGCCUAGCAUCGAGCACCCUUACAUAUACACCCGAUGUGGUCAACGCUACACAUACCAUUUUAACAGGCGAAAGAUCAUUUCGCAGAUGGACGAGACCGCACGCUGCUCUGCAUGCAGACCCUAUCGUUUCUUACUGCGUGAACGACCCUUUCCUCCGCUCAUGCCUGCUAGACGUUGCCCGAGGCCGUUAUCCCUACGAGAUAACUCCACUGCUCACAUUCUAUGCUGCCAUCAUUCGAGGCGAUGGCAUGACGAAAGACGGAGUUCCAAGUGUACUCAACGAGCUGACAAACUUCAGCACACUCAUGCAACGACUGCCGGCGGCGGAUUUCAAAGGGUACAAAUCAAUUCGCGAGGAUGAGAACGCAAAUUUUGUUGCUCUCUCUGAACCACUCCCUCAGUUCUUCAAUGAAAUAGCUCCACUCUCUCGCGGCACAAGGCGCCUCAUCACAUCAUCUGCAUAUGCAGGUAAUCAAGCAUACAUGGUGAUACCCCCAGGCACUGAAGGGCAGAUCGUCGACGAUAGCGAACCCCCCUUCAUCGCGGCAUGGCACUUUCCGCACUCGGGCCUAGAGUAUCUCGUGCGACUGCUCUCUACCUACGUAAUCGGCAGUGGCACGGUUGAAUACUCGAGCCAAUGUCCGGCCUCAUCCGGGACGGUCAGCGACAUCAUUGGUCUCUUUGCUGACCUUCUCCAUGCUUUGCUGAGGGCCCCUGCACAAGAUGGGGAGGCUCUCUGCUCAGCGGAUCUAUUAUCUGCGCUGGAUAUCAGGAUUGAUGGGGCUCAAGAUACAGUGAAUGUCAUUCUUGCAGUCUUCGACCAAGAACUGCUACGCCAAUGUCAAGAACCAGGCAACGAGGAAUCACUCGAGAUUCUCAUAAAUUGCAUUCACUUUCUUGAAGCACUUGUCGCUAUAGCUCCGAACAGAGUGUGGCCCUGGCUCACCAGAGGUCGUCUCUUGUCGACGGAAGGAAACGGUGGAAGCUUAGCAACCAUCCUGAUAGGUACAGAAAUGGUUCUCGCUCGAUACGACUUUUUGAUUGGUUGUAUUCGCCUCUUUGAUGCUUUGGUAGAGGAUGCAGUGGGUCAAGCUGUGAACCGUAAAACACCAAGCAAGGCUCUUACUCGAUUCAAUUCGUCUAUUACUACCGACAGCGGCACAUCUGAUAAGUUCAUGAGCCAACUCCUCCUUGCAUUUGGGAAAACUCUUGCAAGCGUAUACGAAGGAUCACCCUCUUGGAAAUACCAGAGAAUAGAGGACCGCAUCGAGAUCAACACUGGGAUAAGUGAUGUGUUCACUAGAAUUCUCAAAUACGCAUACGGCACGGAUGACAGUGUGGCCCUGUCCACCAAGUUGACAGGACUUCUGUCUCCAGUUGCAGAAUACAUCACGGAACUCUACUUGUCACAAUCGGCGAACGAUCUCCCCACCAAUCCCAUCUUGACUUCUUUCUUCCAAGACCUAGAUGGAGACAAAACUGCCUUGUCGUUAAGCUUGGCCGAGCUCUCGAAAGAGCAAACAUGCAGUGCACUACGACUUUCAGAUACUCUUGUCAGAAUUGCAUUGUAUCUGCAACGACCAUGGACGUAUUUGGAACAUCAGCUUUUUAAGGCAGCGCCUCUCCUGGCAAGGUUGUAUGCAACCAGCGAUAGCUAUAAGCCUCUGGUACUUCCUUUGCUAGAAACUUUGGUCAGAGCUGCUGUUCGCGUUGCGGACUUGGAGCCUACUGCCGCGACAAAUGGAUCAAAACAGCAAGCAGAGCCUCCUUCCCUGUUGGGACACUUGGGGCCUCAAGCAGCGAAGAGCUUCUUGAGCAUUCUAUCCCAACUGGACGAACCGUUCAAGGUUGUGGAACUGCAAACCCAUGUUUGGAAUCUUCUUUCAGCUGUUGUCACAUGCAAACAACAGUGGUUUGCUUUGUAUCUUCUUACUGGAAACACGCCUCGGGAAACUCUCAAGAGAGAAACCAAGAACGACACGAAGUCAACAGGAAGCAAAGCGUUACUAUCUCGUGCAAUCGAAUCAUUGGCAAGGCUAGAAUUUAACGCACCCCAAAAGGACUGGGCGCUGUAUGCUUCGAAACUUGAGUUCGUAGCAUCAGCCCAGAAUAAUUGGUCUUGGGCAAUGGGUGACUUGAAACGACACGCAGGAUUCGUCCAACAGCUGGUUGCCUUCUUGAAAUGGAUGUUGUCCCAACCUCAGGAUCCCAAGGCCUGGGAAAAGGAUGCAACCCGUUCCCAUCAGAAUCGGUUCGCGGCCUUGACUUGCAACGUCCUAGCAAUGUAUCUUCACAGUGCACGCCAAAAAGGUGACCAUGAUGCUGUCAGAGAGGUGGUUCCUAGCCUGGCAUUUUUAGAAAGCUAUGCUCUAAAGACUCCUCGCUACAACCCCUCGCUCCACAGCUACCUCCGACAAAACCUCGAGAAAAGAUUUCCUGGCGUAACGCUGAUGAAGCUGAAACGAACGACUUUAUACAGCCAGUCAUUUGGGCCGUCUUACUUCUACAACACCGACUUGGCAAACCAACUUCUUGGCUUUGACAAACACUGGUCAGGGCCAGGGUCAGGGCCAAAUUCAGGAUUGGCUUCCGAUCUUGAAAAGGCUAAUAUUAAUCUGAGUCUGGUCGAAUCUCAGAUUCAACUUCUUCGGAGUUGGAAGAUUCUAGCUACGGAACUGAGCAAUUCUGUCACCAUAAGCGACCGCCUCCCGAAAAUACUAAUAAAUGUUGUCAAGGACAGCAUGAAGGCGAAUGCAGAACCACAGUUUCAAGAGGCUUGGCUCCGACAACUGGAUGUAUUGCGUGGAGACCUGUCCUUCGUUCUGCUUCAAAGGAUGGUCAACUCAAGGGUCAACGCCCCCGAAACACGCCAGCUUUUACCGGCAAUAUGGAAGACGAUACUGGCCACCAUCUCGGAUUUUGAUAAUGUUUUCUCGAGCGAACAAGUACCACAAUAUCGCCAGCUUCUGAAGAUACUAUACCUUUCCCUCCAGUUCCAACUCGAAAAUGGGACCGCGCCCAAAGAGGAGAUUGAAUUCAGAUCAAGUUUCCGUGGAUCCGUUCCAGCUAGCCAAAAAGUUCUGACUGAGCCCAUUUCGAGCCAAUUGCUCGAAAUUCUGUCAGAAACAGUGGCAAAAGGAUUCCGUAGCCUUGCAACUCAACUUCAUUCCGAACCCGGAAGUGUUCAUCCCUCUGAUUUUGCGCUGCUCACCGCAAUCCUGCAGACCAUUCUUGCUAUCCCUGAGAUGAGGACAUGGCAUGCUCAAGCCGCCUUGCUUUUCACUAAUAGCAGCACAUUGCGAUAUGCUACGAGCUUGUUCUCGUGGUCAGACAGGCUCACUGUUCCAAACAACGGCGUCGACGACCCUAUCUAUGGAGAGUUGAGUCUUCUCUUCAUCCUCUCUCUGUCCAGUAUGCAACCACUAGCAGAGACCAUGGCCGUGGACGGAAUUUUAUCGCAACUCAACAGCGCAAACUUGAUGAAUUACUUCCGUCGCCCUGGAGGCAUGUCACCCUUCGAUUCUCCCCCGCGUCUUUUCUCAAUCUGGACCAAAGGCAUCUUGCCCCUGUGUUUGAACAUCCUAAGCGCCGUUGGGCCGCCCAUUGCUGGCGAAAUCGCUGCCUUCCUCAAUCAAUUCCCCGAACAACUUGCGCGAGCAUCGAACGCCUUGAACUCUCGAACAACUACCAAGAUCACGUUGUCCAUCGUCUCCGAGAUACACUCACUAGCACUGAUCUCUAGCAUUCUUGAUGGCGAUCGAAUCGGAGGGUCGCGACUGGGGAUUCAAGCCAACGACAUUGCCAACCUCGAUUGGGACAAAGACGGUCUAAAGGAUGACAUCGAUAGCUGGUUAGCAAGGAAAGCCGCCUUGCGAGAGAGGAUUGUCGUUCAUGACGAGAUCGAUGCGGCAUUGUAUAACAAGAAAUUUUCGGGUGCCGGGACAGACAACGUAUUGGAGGACAAGGUAUUGGACGAACUUGAGGCUGCCGGAGUCUGCCUAGGAUUGGGAAAGAAUAAUGGUUCUUGAUGUGGCUGUAUAUGUGGAUGGGUAUGCUGGAAGCGAGAUUUGGCGUUGACGUUGCAUUGCAUACAUGGAUCAAACGCCAUGGAGUUCAGGCAACGGACUUGAGAUUCUUUAGGUCAAAACUUUACUAAGAUACCGGACAGUUUUGGUGUCAGG